AUUUCUUUUUUUUCUCUCUCUCUCUCUCUCUCCAUCAUGCUGGAGUUAGCUGCCUGGGGGUUUCCAGCAGGCAAAUAAUAACAUUACCCAUCUGUUAUGUCCUCGUAAGAUACUCUUAUUUGUCCAGCUGACCCUUGAAGCGCACGGCCCGGCUGUUAUUUUUUUGGGGGGGUUCAUCAAAUCGAAAAAGUCAAUUCCAGUCGUCGCAACCACACAGGUCUCGUUGUGCUGACUGUCCUGCGCCAUCCCCGCUUGGCGACUCUCCUCGCUACUCCUCUCCCUCUUUUCUUCCAACGAUGCUGCUUGUCUAGCGCGUGUGGGCUUUGACCAAGGACCUCCUCGCGUCUGCAAGCCACCGUUGGCCAGAGGGGAGUUUCCCGGUACCGUGACGUUUUCCGUUUCGACCGGCGAUCGCUUCGUCCUGCAGGAGAGCGUCUCAACACAUUAGCCUGCCCGUCAACCAGGUUGGCCCCGAACGUUAAUACCUAGCCCCUCGUCCCGCGCCGCGCCCGCCGCCCUCUGCCUCCGCCACCAUGGACCACCACCACCUGGAGUUGUCGUCCGUCGUACCACCACCGCCUGCAAUUCCCCGCAAGUCCCGCGAGCGAGACCGUCCUCGUAAUUCUGAAUCCCGCCGUCUCGCCCUCGACCCUCCUCCUAUCCUCGACUCGAGGCGCGAUCGAGAACCCGACAUCUUUGCCGACUGGACCGACCGAGACCGACAGGUUUACGCCAACCGUUACCCCAAACCCAAAGAAAGAGGACGAGACUCUGAACACACCAUCACCGCCCCACCCACGCCUGCGUCACCCGAAGUAAUAUCGUCCCUCAUCACAUCCCUGUCGGCCAUAUCGAGGCCGCUCAGCAACCACUUUGACAGCCCGUCCUACCUCGCGCCCAUCGGACCAGGAAGCCCCAUCAGCAUCUCCUUUCCCGGGUCGCCCACACAGGCCGCCGGCGGUGGUUCGUUUGGCGUCGACUACGGCGCCUUUUCCAAACCGUCCUUGGGAGAUCUCAGAGAGGAGGAUGUGCCGUUAGAUGAACUUGCUGCGAGCCCUCCGGUGAUCCGGACCUCCAAGCCCCCAAGUGGCCUGUCUGUACUCACAGCACCCAAGUCUCCGAAGAGCGCCGGCCCGAGGGAGAGUUCUGGCGGAUUAAAGGGCCUCCUGUCACGAGGGAGCAGCAGUGCCUUGUCUCGGCCGUCAAGCAAGGGAUCAUUGACAUCGGGAGGAGCAGAGAGCAUCGGCAACAGCUUCGGGAAGCUCAGUGUCGAAACCAGGAACGAGCCCGUCUCACCGGGCCCCGAAGGACACGGACUCAGAAAGCAGCGGUCCUUUGAAAGCUGGGGCUGGAAGAACGGACGAAGUCAGCGCAGCCUCAAGUAUAUGAGCAGCAAGGAAAUCCUGCGAGAAAAGGAAGCCGACAAGAAGAGAACCAGCUACGGCACUCCAGGAUAUAACCCCCCGAGUGGAAGCACAACACCGCGACUGGAUCCAUUUUCGGCCGAGUCCAUAAUCAACGAGGAAACGAACCUCGACCUUGGCAGAGACGGUCUGAGCAGCACGCUUUCCAGUCCAAGGGCCAUCCCUACCAGAGACUCAUCCCUGAGGAAGACGGGAAGUGGUGCUAAGCGCUCCUCUACCCGUGCCUCGCGGAACUCAAAGCGUGAAAGCGGGACUAUCCCCGAGCUUGAAGAGCAAGGCUCCGAGGGCCGUACCUUUUUUGACGACACAAAGUCACGAAACUCCAGACAGAAGCCGCUCGAUCCUCUGAGGCUUUCCGCCGACAUCCCGCAGUACAGCUCGGACAGGCUUCAACCUGAAGUACACAGCGCCCCUCCUGUAACGCCCAUGGCCAGCAUGUUUCCUGAUUUGGAGCCCCUCGACGACGGCGCACCGUCACCGGCCAUUGCUCAAGGACGCCGCAGAGACCGCGAGACCAGCACCGAUGCGAAACGACGACGAUCCGGCAGAACCACCCCUGAUCCUUUUGGUGGAUACGCAAGCGAGGGCGGUGGUGUCGCUGUUAAGUCGAAGCGGAGCAGCACUCGGCUCAAGAGACUCUCUGGAGCCCCAAGUCCGACCCCCGACAAGGCCUUGGAUCAUCGUGCAUCGAGCCAUUCGAAAGGUGACCACCCACACAUUGCGUACGAGCGACCACCGAGCGCGGAUAGUAUCGACGAUGCGGUGGAAAGCUACCUUUGUAGCCCUCGGCUGAGCCAAAAGAUUCGGCACCCACAGACGGGACGUGUCAUCAGCUUUAGUGAGGUUGGCGACCCGAAUGGAAGCGCUGUGUUUUGCUGUGUCGGCAUGGGGCUGACGAGAUAUAUCACGGCGUUUUAUGAUGAGCUGGCAUUGACCCUCAAGCUCCGGCUGAUCACCCCAGACCGCCCUGGCGUGGGAGACAGCGAGCCAUACGCUGAGGGGACUGCAACACCUUUGGGCUGGCCCGAUGAUGUUUAUGCAAUCUGCCAAUCGCUCAAAAUCACCAAGUUCUCCAUUCUAGCCCAUUCAGCCGGAGCCAUCUACGCGCUGGCCACGGCACUUCGUAUGCCCCAACACAUUCGUGGCAGGAUACACCUCUUGGCGCCAUGGAUUCCACCGUCGCAAAUGAAUGUCAUAGGAUCGAGCGCGCAGACGCCUUUACCACCAACAAAUGCCAUCCCCACAAGCCAACGGAUAUUGCGCGCCCUCCCUACCCCUAUUCUCAAGGCCGCCAACAGCAGCUUCAUGACGGCCACCAGUUCCAGCAUCACUAGCUCUCUACCGAAGCAAAAGCGAGCACGGCGAGAGAGGAAGAAUAACGCGGCCAGGGAGAGCAAGGAGCAAUCCAAAAGCUCGUCACAUGGUGCGGACAAUAAGGAGAACCGCAUGCACGAUGACGGGUCCAAGGGCGCCGCUCAGAUUCCGGCGGCCGACGAGUACAUGGACCACGUAAAACCAACGGGGACGAACCCUACCUGCGGCGAUAACAUGGGUCACCGUCACAAUCGGUCCAACUCGACACAGCAAGGAAACCGGCGGACUUCGGACAAGGAGGAUCUCCUGUCGGCGGCAGCGGCGCUUGCUACCUCGCAGCUGGCUGACCGUGAAAGACAGGAGCUGUACGACAACCGGCUGACGCAUUCCAUUUGGCAGCUGGCCACCACCGGAGCCAACCCCGCCGUCGAUUUGCUUGUGUGCCUCGAGCGGCGCCACACGAUUGGCUUCCGGUACGUCGACAUCACCCGACCGGUGAUUAUCCACCACGGCAGCCGCGACACGCGCGUGCCCGUCGAUAAUGUCAGAUGGCUGGGCAAGACCAUGCGCCGGUGUGAGGUGCGGGUGCUCGAGGGCGAGGGCCACGGUUUGAUGGCGAGUGCCCAGGUCAUGGGCGGAGUGCUGAUGGAGAUCAGCCAGGAGUGGGAGGAGUGGAGCAGAGUCACAGGUGCGACCACGCGGAGAGAAGAGGGGAGAGGAAGAAGAGGGACGAUUGGACAGGCGAGAUGAAGUUGUCUACACACCCACACACACUCACACACACCCACACACACACACAUGCAUGCAUUUGGGAUAAGGGUUCAGAGAGUUUGCAUACCGGGUGUCAUCUGUGUUUUGGAAAAGGAAGAGGGCUUCUUUGCAAGGGCGGAACGUAUUUUUAUUCUUGUAUCAUCUUCAUCAGCAUCGUCAGCCUUGUUGAUCGCCAGUUUGCUCCUGGAUGAUGCUCUUCGCGUUUUUUAUUAUCUUUCUUGGUGCUUCAAGUCACAGGUAUAUAUCCUUAUAGUUCGAUGUAGUAGUAGACUAGCUUUAAUGUUGAGUGUAAUCUGGCAGUUUGCGGGUAAAGAGUGCCGUCCUAUUUCAAGGCACAUUACAUCAGAUAGAGAGCGUUCUUGUCGAAGGUAUUAUUACCCCUGAAUGUACCC